CAUGCACGUGAUUGGCUAAAACUUGAGAUUAACCUCCGGAUAAUUUUAUCGGGAAGUGAAAAAAUCGGCCAUAAGUCAAAGAUGAGAACGGUCUAUGGAUAUCGGUCUAUGAAUACCUGCCUACAUGUCAAUGUUUGUGUCUAUCGUCAAUAGUUUUGUUCUUCACGUUUCUGUAAGACGACAAUCGACUAGUCGUGGUCAUCUUGUUGUCCGAGGUGGAAAAAGAAGUUUCUGUAAGAACACGAUCUAACAAAUUGGAUACUGUUCGUAUUAAUUUGUUAAUAAAUAUGUUUGUUUUAAUAUACGCUAAUGGUCGUUACGUUAUCGUACAAAAAAUAAAGAAUAGAAGGAUCAUAAAAAAUUCCCGCGUUAUUGCAGUUCAUAAAGAUAGAUGUGUUUUACAAGAGAUUGCAAACAAUUUAAAAGUGGAAACUCCAACAGUACAAGUAUUAAAUCUAUCAAAAUCAGAUUUAUCAUCAUCUGUUACCACAAAUACUACGUUGAACAGUAGUACAUCAAAUUUAAAUGCUAGUAUCGAAGAUAAUAUUUGUACAUCAUCAAAUACCAGUUCUCAUAAUGUUGAACAGUGCACUAUAUGUGUUAAAUCUAAUUUUAAUUCGAUACAUUGUAAUAAUAAAAAUGGUAACAAUGAGAUUAGAGAUGUUACGAAUUUAAAUGAUACUGCUGUUACUGAGAAAAAUAGCGAUUUAUUAUUUUAUAAUAACAACUUGAUGAAUGACAUGCCACUAUCUAUUACUACGAACGUUGCUUUGAACACAAAAAAUUUAUCAAACACAAAUACUAACAUUGGAAGUGAUACCUGCAUAUCAGCUAAAAAGAGUACCUGUGAUGUUAAACAAUGUACUAGUUGCGAUAAAUCUGAUUGUAAUUCAACACAUAAUGACAAUACAAAUGUUAACAAAGACAGUAGAGAUUGUACGAAUUUACAUGAAGAUACUAGUGAAAAAAAUAGCGAUUUAUUAUUCCAUAAGAAUAAAUUGACGAAUGACAUGCCGCUAUCUGUUACUGCAAAUGCUGCUUUGAACCCAAAUGUAUCAAAAAUAAAUACGGACUUUGAAAAUGAUGCCUGCAUAUCAGUAAAUAAGAGUUUCUGUGAUAUCGAACAGCCUACAAGUUAUGAUAAAUCUAAUUCUAAGUCGACACAUAAUGAUAAUACAAAUGAUAACAAUGAGACGAGAGAUUGUGCGAAUUUACAUGAAGAUACUGCUGUUAUCAAGAAAAAUAGCGAUUUAUCAUUUCAUAAGAGCUUAGUGAAUGGUAAUUCUUUGAUAUACACAAACGCAUAUACAGCAUAAUGAUAAAAAUAUGGUUAAUGUGACAGAUUCUUAUAUAGUAUCUUAAAAAAUCUAAGUAUCGAGUAUUUUAUAUACAGCAAUCUAAUAUAUUUUGUUGUAUUAUAAGUGGUAAUUUGUACACAUAUACAAUUUAUAUGAUAAUUGCGCGAUUUGUUUUUCACAGCAUAAUGUAUUUGUAGUAAAAAAUUUGGUAAUUAUUUAGAUUA